AUGAUUGGUGUAGUGUGGAUGUGUGAGUACGUCAAUCUUUCGUACCUACGCCUUUCCGUGAGGCGGCUGGAGCAGGAAAUCGCCGAGCCGUGCUGCAGAGAGGAAAGGAUGGCAGGUGGUGCCGCGGUGAACACUCCCAACACGUGCAGGAGGAAAGAAAGGAUGGCAGGUGGUGCCGCGGUGAACACUCCCAACACGUGCAGGAGGAAAGAAAGGAUGGCAGGUGGUGCCGCGGUGAACACUCCCAACACGUGCAGAAGGAAAAUGAGUACCUGCUUCAUUACAUCAUUUGCACUCUGUUUUGAAACUCUCUGUUAA